GUAUAGUCGACAUGUGGAGUGGGGUCGUGUGUCAAGUGUCAUUGGCAGUCGACGUCGACGACUUCAGACGACUCGUCAGCUGAUUACUUGUUCCUGUAACAUUAUAUCGUGAUUAGGAAGAUUUGAUUUAAUUAAAAUUUCGUGUCGUCUCUAAGGAGGAUAUUUAUACAACAACAGCAAACAUGUCCACUGAUGUAAAUAUGCAGGCUGAGAAGCACAAUGAAGAAGCAAGUGUCACUAAGACUGAAGAAGAAGAUGGCAGAUCAUCUAAAGACAUGCAUGCGCAAAACGGUAGUCCCAUUUAUGGGGGCUGCGAAGGACCAAACGCAAUGUACGUGAAGCUGGUCAGUAGCGAUGGCCAUGAGUUUAUUGUUAAACGGGAACAUGCAUUAACGAGUGGUACUAUCAAAGCAAUGUUGAGUGGUCCUGGUCAAUUUGCAGAGAAUGAAGCGAAUGAAGUCAACUUCCGAGAAAUUCCGUCUCACGUAUUACAAAAGGUCUGCAUGUAUUUUACUUACAAAGUACGCUAUACAAACAGCAGUACAGAAAUACCAGAAUUUCCUAUCGCACCCGAGAUUGCUCUGGAACUGUUGAUGGCCGGCAAUUUCUUAGACUGCUAAAUAUCAUCUAUAUAGAAGUGUUUCAGCUUUUAUCGGCAAUUAAAUUAUAGAAACAAUGCAGCUUUCUUUAUUAUGGCCGUUUACGAUAUAUUGUGAUAUUUGGAAGACCGUAUUGGAGUAUAAUAAUCGCUUUGGACUCUCAUACUCGUGACAUGAACAUUUUAGUGCGACGAGACAAUGCAAUGUCGAAGUUUUAUAGUUA